CGAGCAGGGGGCCCUCAAGGAGCUCCUGCGCACCAAGGACCUGUACGGCCUCGAGCCCAGCAACCUGGGAUCGUACGCGUACGAGCGGGUCAAGAUUCUCGAGUGUGGCAUCACGGUCCGCGACGUCCUGGACCUGGCGCCGCCUGACCAGCGUGACAUGCUGGCCAACCCGGAGAAGCGCAUCCUCCGCGACAGCUCCGACCUCGAGCGCGCGAACGAGCAGGAGAUGCCGUUCUCGCCCUUCUGGGACCCGAAGCUGCGCUUCUCCAGGAAGGAGCGCUACCGGCUGCUCGCGAGGCCCAAGGAGCUUGGGCUGCUGGGCUUUCGGCGGAGCAUCAGAGCGAGGAUGGGGAUCUUCUUCGUCUCGAAGAAGGACGGGGCCCUGCGCCUCAUCGUCGACGCGAGGGAGGCCAACCGGAUGUGUCGCCGCCCGCCGCACACGUGGCUCGGGACCGUGGCGGCGCUCGGGCCCCUCGACCUUUCGGACAGCUCGGUCGGCUCGGACGAGCCGGUCAACGUCAACGCAGCCUCGGUCGACCUGUACAAUGGCUUCUACCAGUUUCGCAACCGCAAGCUGGGCUCGCUGUUCGGGAUCGACUUCGCCGAGCGCGCUGACGUCUGGGGGGUCAGUGAGAUCUUCGACGAGGAGCGGGGGUGUUUCGUGCCGGUGGGACCGGACGAGAUGCUCUUCCCUGUCUUCGAGGGACUGCCCAUGGGGUGGUCCUGGGCGCUCCACUUCUGCCACGCCAUCACCUCCGAGGCGGGCAGGACAGAGACGAGCCUGCUGCAGGACCGGCACGCGCCGGAGGCGCCGCGGCCCGAGCUGGCCUACCGGUUGCCGUACGUCGACAACGCCAACGUCAUCGGGCUCAGCCGAGCCGCCACGCAGCGCGCCCUGGACGCCGUCAAGGGCGACCUCGACAAGAGCGGGCUGCACUACCACGAGGAGAACUCGCCCGCCGAGACGCUCGAGCUGCUGGGGGUGGAGUUUGAUGGCCGGCGUCGUCUGCUACGUCCUAAGCCUCGGCGCAUUUGGCGGCUCCACUUGGCGCUGCGCGCCGUGCUGCGCCGAGGCCGCUGCAGCGGGCUCGCCCUGCAGGUUCUGGUCGGCCACAUCGUGCAUCACUGCCAGCUGCUGCGCUUCGGGCUCUCGGCGCUCGACAAGGUCUGGUCCUUCAUGUCCGAGAGCGGCGGGGAGGAGGUUCGCCUGUGGGCGUCCGUCCAGUGGGAGCUGGAAGUGUCCUCCUGGCUCGUCUUCCUGGCCGAGGCCCGUCUCAGCGCAGAGCCUGCCAGCGUCGCCUUUUGCGGCGACUCCUCUGCCGUGGGCUACGCGCUGCACGUCACCUCCGUCUCGGGGCCCGAGUUUCGGGCCGUGGCGCGCUACCGAGAGCGGUGGCGCUUCGACGCGGUCGAGCGGAGCGACGAUGGCUGGGGGGCCGUGGGCGGCUGGUCGGCCGAGUGGCGAGCCUCGCCAGACCCGGCAGGGUCUCUCGGUGGCGGCCCUCGCGACCUCGGCGGCGGACCUGCGGUUCGCUGCCGGCCGUGGCGCGACAUCGAGACCGUGGAGCGGCCGGCCGAGGAGGUGGGGAUCCCGCCGCUGCCGGACGCGCUGCUCGCGAGCAAGCGCUGGGCGAUGGUCAUCAAGGGCGCGCGGCAGCACGACGGGGUCAUCCAUGAGAAGGAGGGCCGCGUGCUGCUCAUGGGCCUGGUGCGGGCCUCGAGGUGUGUCGGCCUUCACGGGAGGAGAGUUCUCUCGAUCGGGGACAACCUCUCGAGCCUCUGCAGCUUCGAGAAGGGGCGCUCGGGCAGCUUUGCCCUUCGGCGCCUGUGCCAGCGCGCCGGGGCCCUCUCCAUCGGCUGCGAGCUCGACUGGUCCCUUCGCUACGUGGAGAGCAAGAGGAACCCGACCGACUUCGACUCGAGGGCGGCCGAUCGAGGCGAGCUGCCUGCCGGGGCCUCUGUCGCUGGCCGGCACGGCCGGGCGCUGCUUCAGCGAUGCUCGCGGCAUCAGUUCGUCCUGGAGAUCUUCGCCGGCUGCGCCGCCUUCUCCGCCGCCUGUCAGGAGGCCGACCUCAACAUCGGGUGCCCCAUCGAGAUCUCGAGGGGCCCCCGCAUGGACGUCUCGAGGCAGAGGACCCAGAGGCACAUCAAGGGCUUGGUCAAGCAGGGGCUCGUGUGGUACCUCCACCUGGGGACUCCGUGCACUACUUGGUCGAGGGCCCGCGCGACGGGCUCGAGUUCAGCCGCUCUUGGGGGCCUCCAGUUGGCCAAGUUCUCGUUGGGGCUCAUCAAACUCUGCAAGCAGUAUGGCGUCCUCUACUCACUCGAGAACCCGCGUUCCUCGAGGCUCUUCUCCUGGAAGCCCCUUAGGAAGGAGCUGCAGAGCCAGAACGCGAUCUUUGUCCGAUACGAUAACUGUGCGCACGGUGCGGGAUAUCUCAAGCCGACCCUCCUGGCCACCAACAUGCAGGCCCUUCAGGGGUGCUACCAGAGCCCGUGGAAGGACGCCGUCAAGCACUGGGGCCAGCGCGUGGUCUGGGUCGGCCCUCGGUUUCUGGAGCGCAAGACCGUCGGGAAGGGGGCGCUCGUCAACUACGAGUCGUGCUCCUCAGACUUCGUCCACUGGGCCAGCCAGCAGGCCCCGCCCCGGGCGCUGGCUCCUCUCGAGCAGCUAGACGCCAGCCUCUCCGCGUACUUUGACUUUCUUUUUUUCGACGGCUGUGAGCCGUGGGCUGGUCGGCACACCCUGUUCGGCUACGCCCACUUGCACGGCAUCGUUGCGCCCUCGCGCAACCUGCCACAUGCCGUGAAAGCUCUGGCGGGCUGGGUGAAAGCUUGCCCAGAGCUCAGCCGCGACCCGUGCCCUUGGGAGGUGUUCGCCGCGAUCGCCGACCACUGGCUCGAGCUGGGCACGACCGAGUCCAUCCUCGCCGCUGCCUGCGGCGCCUUGCAGUUCGACACCUACCUCCGUCCAGCGGCUGCGGUCAACCUGUCCCUCGAGCACGUGGCGUUGCCCUCGGGCAGGGCUGGCGACCGCUAUGACAAGGUGGCGCUGAUCGUGCGCCUGUUCAACGAGCUCCCGCUGUCCACCUACGAGCGCCUGUUCCGCGAGGCCAGCCGCCGACUGGGGCUGGCAGCGCUGAAAGUGUCGCCGCACACGCUGCGGCACGGCGGCCCUUCCCUCGACUACCUGAACGGCCUCGCCACGCUUCCAGUGCUGAAGAAGCGCGGCGGCUGGCUCAGCGACCGCUCCGUGGCGAGGUACGGCAAAGAAG